AUGGAAUUCAUUACUGCCCUCCGGGGCACCAGCUUCGACGACCAGAAGCCCUCGCUGUUCGAGCUCCUGUCCGAGCAGCAGCUCUCCUCUCUCCUACCGCCCACCCUUCGCUACCUCCUUGUGCACGCGACCCACCGCUCGCCGCGCUACCUCCUCCCCGUCCUCAACUCCUUCGAUGAGACCUACGCCGUCCUCAUGCUCCUCGUCGAGCGCCACUACCUCCUCACCCGCGGCGGCUCCUUCACCGAGCACUUUUACGGCCUCAAGCGCGAGAAGAGUCUGGCCUCCGAGAUCCCCCGCGCCGCCGCCCGUGCCCCGGCCCUCGUGCGCGACACCCUGGCCCUGCGCACUGCCGACGUCUGGCGCAACCUCGCUGUCAUGGUCGGCAUCCCCUAUCUGAAGCGCAAGCUCGACGAGGCCUACGAGGUCAAUGCCCCGCGCGCCCUGCUGGGCACCGCCUACACCUCCCUCCCGCCCAAUCCGAGUUGGCGCGACAGGCUCCUGCACUACUACCGCUGGUUCCUCAGGAACAUCUACCCGUCCGUCAACGCCGCCUACUGCUUCGCCUUGCUGGCUUUCAAUCUCGCCUACCUGUUCGACAGCUCCAAGUACCACAAUCCUUUUCUAUGGCUAAUCGGCACGAGAGUAAGAAGGAUGACAGGCGCCGACUAUGCCGCCAUCAGAGCACGCGAAGAGAAGACCGCCGACAAGGGUGCGGGGCCCGGGGCUACAUCGCUGUUCUCGCCCAGGAACAUGGGCGCCAAGGUCCUGGGCAGUCUGUCGGUGCUGCUCCCGACAAGCAUCUUCGCCCUCAAGUUCCUCGAGUGGUGGUACGCGAGCGACUUUGCGAGGCAGCUGUCAAGGAGGGCCACGGAGAGCUUGGACCUACCGCCGCCGAUCGUGUCGGGUGUGUCGCCGGACAAUGACGGCAGGGGCAAGAGGCAAUCCCACCAGGCGGGCGACAGAAACUCCGCUGCUGCUGCUGGUGGAGAAGAAAAAGGCAACGAUGAGAAGGAAGAUGACGAGGCUGAGGCAGAUGAGAAGACCAUGGCUGAGCGUGCGCCCAUCGCCAAGCCCUCUCUGCUGCCUAUCUACACUGUCUGCGCGCCGGGGAACUCGGAGCUGUGCCCGAUCUGUAGGGACGACAUCACCACGCCCACGGCAUGCCAGACAGGUGUGGUAUACUGCUACGCGUGCAUACACAAGUGGGUUAGCGGCAUGCACCCGAGGCAGGAGGCGUUCAUGUCCGACAAGAUGGGCAAGUGGGAGAGCGGCGAGUCGCGCUGUGCAGUCACUGGCAGACGCGUGCUAGGCGGCACAGAAGGGCUGAGGCGCAUCAUGGUAUGA